AUGAAGCGAGCUGGAUGUGAUUCCAUACAUGCCAAUAGUCACCUUUUAAUCUCAUCAUUACUUUAUUUAAUUAUCAUAAUUAUAUGUAUUAUACCAUGUGUAGAUUCUAAUUCUAAUCGUCAGUUAGAGACGCCCAGAUUCUUGACCAAAAAGUCUUGCCGAUUCGAAGGGGAUGGGUGUCAAUGUGUUAGUAGAGGAGAACGAGGUGAAUGCUGCUGCAGAGGCAGGGAUGUGAAGGUUCUACCAAGAAACUUAACUAGUUCAUUACGUGUUCUAGUCAUGUACAAUACAAGCUUAGAACAAAUUUCAUCCAACUUUUUUGACAAUUAUACAACGCUGGAAGAGAUAGAGAUCUUUUCUUCUCCCGAACUUCAUUAUGUCGAUGGAACAGCUUUAGAUAUACUGAGUAACUUGAAGAAAUUUUCACUUACAUGGUGCAAGAAACUUCAUGAAAUUUCUGGUACUUUGAUGGAAAAGAAUUUGAGAAUUCAGACUGUAAUUUUAAGAGAUAAUGCCUUGAAACGAAUGCCCGGCCUACGAAUGACGGAUGACCACCGUCUAGAAGUAGAAGUGGAUUUAUCCGGGAACCAAAUUCAAUACAUUGGAGAAAGGCGAGUACAUGGAGUUAGAGCAAGAAGUCUCAGGUUGAAUCACAAUAGAAUUCGGGAAAUAGCAGCAUUCGCUUUCAAAACUUGUAGCUUCGCUAAACUAUAUUUGAACAACAAUCCUGAAUUGAACGAUCUGUCUGUAGAUUCAUUCAAAGGAAUUAGCGAACUGCAUCACCUACAACUCUCCGAUACGAUUAUAUCAGAGCUACCAAAAAACGGGUUAGAAAAUUUGAAAUCUCUGACACUCACAAAUGUGCCAACUCUCAAAAGUCUUCCAUCUGUCUUGAGCUUUCCUAAGUUGAAAACAGCCCACUUCACGUACCCUCAUCAUUGUUGUUUAUUUAAGCAUGUUGACAGUGUUCUUCAAACCGAUGGAAGCAAAGUCAAAAGUAAUAAAAAUCGUCUUUGCAAAGAGCAAGAAAACAGACUGGAAAAAGUGAAGCGACGGAAGAAGCGGGAGGCUACAUCUCCACCAUUUGAAUUUGCUGAUUGGUUUCCAUAUUUCACAGAUUCAUGGCUGCCCGAAGGUGAACAGGAUGCUGAGGAAGAAUUACCUGAGUUUCCUCCAAACAUGAUUGGUGCAUUGAAAUGCCUUUCUGAAACACAAGACACAACAGCACAGAAGCUUUUCAAAAACAUAACAUGCACUCCUCAGCCAGAUGCAUUGAACCCAUGUGAGAACAUCGUCGGAUAUCCUCUCUUACGAAAAACUAUAUGGAUUGUAUGGGUGUUAGCCAUCGUUGGAAAUAUCCUAGUUUGGUUAUCACUAUCAUUGGCAUUCGAACACCGCAUGAGAAUUCAUUAUCUUUUGAUGAUUAAUCUAUCUAUUGCUGAUUUGCUUACAGGAGUGUAUUUGGGUAUACUUGCGAUACAAGAUGUCAGAACAUCCAAUGAGUACUAUCGUCAUGCAGUUGAAUGGCAAACAGGUUGGGGAUGUCGAACUGCUGGAUUUCUGGCUGUUUUUGCAUCCAAAUUAAGCAUAAUUUCCAUGUUUUUAAUAGCUUUCGAAAUAGUUUAUAAUACGAGGAUGGGAUUUUAUGGACGUCGUUUGAGUCUUAAAGUUACACUGUGUUUACUGGGAAUUGGAUGGAUAUAUUCAAUUGUAAUGGCAGCCGUUCCCUUAUUAGGAAUCUCAAGUUACAGUACUACAAGCAUAUGUUUACCACUAAAAGUUGAUAAUAUAGUUGAUAAGGUUUAUCUCAUAUCUGGUCUUUCAUUUAACCUCAUCGCUUUUAUGGCGAUGGUAGGAUGUUAUGUUGUUAUCAUCAUACUACUCAAGGAUCCUUCAACGCCGUCAAGAGAUGAGGACAAGGCUAUCAUUGCCAAAAUGGCUUUGCUCAUCUUCACCGAUCUGGUCUGUUGGUUCCCUACAAUUUUUUUCGGCAUGACGGCAGCAUUAGGAUAUCCUCUGAUUUCGAUCAGUAAUGCCAAAGUAUUCUUAGUUUUCUUCUUUCCCUUGAAUUCUUUCGCAAAUCCAUUUUUGUAUGUGUUUCUGACGGAGGUAAUUCGACGGAAAGUCAGAUCGAAAACGAUGCCUGUUUUAAAGAGAAUAACAAGUACACCGGGAAUAGCUUUGAAUACUUUAUCUAAUUUCUACAACUCACAACCACCUGGUAGACGAGACGAACCUUGCAGUCCUACACGUCUACAAGUAACUCAGAUGACAUCUCUAAAUAGUACUCCCCGCGGCUCUAAGUGUUCCACAACGAAAACAAUCGACUCUAUGGAUACGAUAGAAAUACCACCAAAACGCAAUAGUUCUUCACCGAGGGUAUCUUUCCAGGAGGACACCAUUUCUGGGCAUAGAGCCUCUUCAGAAUCAAUGAAAAGGUUCAUUGCACUACAAAAACGGGUCUCAGCUAUUCCAGAGGUGUCAGAUUUAUCUGAACAUUCAAGUGAAAGUCAUCAUGAACAUAUUCCACGGCAAGUAAAAGAAGAAUCGGAACGCCCACCCAGACCCAGUUGGCAACGUUUAUUGAGACGAAACCGUCAUGAAAGUGCAAAAAGUUCCGGUCAAGAUUCUGGAAGAGGCAGUAUCACAUCAACGGGAACUGAGCGGACCUCAUUGGCCAGUGCUAAUGCAGAUUUCGACACCGAAACGACAGUGUUCUUACCCAAGCGUUUAUCACUUGAUGCAUCGCUCCCUUCGUUUCAACUACGAAAUAUUCGAAAGCUCAGCCCAUUAUCGUCUUCAGAAAGAAAACGAAAAAGCUCAGCCGCAGAUCCUUCGUUCUUGACUAAUCCAAUGGUUGCUUCUGUGGAAGUUGUUGAAGUCCCAGAACCCAAAAAGAUAAACGUCAGUCGAUUCUUCGGCUACGGAAAGAAAAUACCUAAAGAUGUUAAAAGACAUUGUGGUAUCUGCCGUCAACACGGAAUUGUCGUAGAAACAAAAAAACAUAUGUGCCAAUUCAAGGAUUGUGACUGUGCCAAAUGUAAGCUUGUAAGAAAGCGAAGAUCAAUCAUGUCUACUCAGAUUCGUCUACGACGUGAACAAGACAAAAAGUUUCAGCGUACGACAGAUGAAUCGGAAGCUGAUAUUAUUCCUCUCAAUGGUGAGAAAAAGCCAACGAAAGAAGAAAUCAACUUAUGCUAUUUCUGCCAAAAAUGCAAAAAUCAUGGCGUACUUAUGUGGAAAAAGGAUCAUAAGAAGAACUGUAAAUUCGCUGAUUGUCGUUGUGCUCAAUGCGACUUAAUCGACACCCGCAGAGCUUUAGACAGACAUAUAAAGAAGAACAAACUAUCCUCAGCAGCAUCGGAAACGAGUUCUUCUGAAGUUUCUUCAGUAAGCUCACCCGUAAUGCCUGAGAUCAUGUUGGGUGCUUCUCCUAAUGCAAUUGUCGACCCUAAGCUCCUUCUCGCAUCUCCAGCUAUUGAGGAAGUUACAAGGUCUUAUUUAUCGCCCAACCAAGUACCAUCGCCAUCUUCAUUCAACCUUAUAGCUCUCGCACAAGAUCCUUCGGCAGAAUUUAGCUCAAACCCGAAUUAUCAUGGCUUAUGUGCAACUGGAAUCCCUUUGGUUGUUUCGCAGUUUUUCACUCAACUCUAUCCUUAUCCAAGCAAUAUAUCAACAUCUUUUCCUUUCUAUACAUCUACUCCAAUGAUAUCACAUCAACAAAACUCUCCAAUUAUACAAAGUGUACCCAUGUUUGAUAUUAAUUCAAUGCUGGCAUCUCUUGUUAACAUGAAGCAAAUCUAA